AGGAGGAGGGAGAUAAGUGCUUAAAAGUGGAGUGCUGCAGAGCAGGAGUCUGCAGUAACAGCAGAGAUGGGAUCAUGCAGGAGCAUGUGUAGGAUUCAGCUCUGCCUGUUAGCCUUGGGGGCUUUUUUCUCCUUGACUUCUCUGGCUGAUCCAUCUCCAAUGAAGGUGAUGACUGCCCCCAACGUGUUGCGGAUCGGAACACCAGAAAACAUCUUUGUGGAGUGUCAAGACUGCACCAAUGAUAAUGAUUUCACAGUUGAAAUCAAUGUAUUGAAGUAUCCGACCAAAUCCAGAAGGCUGGCAUCCACAUCUGUGAACCUUGGCUCAGCAAAUAAAUUCCAGGGCUUUGGACAAAUCAAUAUUCCCACUGGAGACUUCAGUAAGAUCCCCAACAUGAAACAGUAUGUCUACCUGCAAGCUCGGUUCCCUGAUAUAGAACUGUUCAAAGUGGUCUUAGUGUCCUUCCAGUUCGGCUACAUCUUCAUCCAGACUGACAAGACCCUCUACACCCCCAACAGCAAAGUCCACUACAGGAUAUUUGGACUGACGCCCCGCAUGAACCCCGUGGAGAGGGAUAAUGAAACCAGAACUGAUGCUUCUAUUGACAUUGACAUUGUGACCCCUGAAGGCGUCAUUUCACCACGUGGACCAGUCUCUCUGAAAUUAGGGACCCACUCUGGAGAUUACACACUUGGUAAAAUUGUCAGUACUGGACUGUGGAAAGUGGUGACCAGGUUCCACAGCAACCCACAGCUGAGCUACUCUGCAGAGUUUGAGGUCAAAGAAUAUGUGCUGCCGAGUUUUGAGGUUAAACUUGUUGCAAAGCCCUUCUUCUACGUGGACAGUCCAGACCUCAUUGUCAGCAUCAAAGCUACGUAUCUGUUUGGUAAAGGCGUAGAUGGGUCAGCCUUCGGGGUAUUUGGGAUUGAGCAUGAGGGUCAAAAGAAGAGCUUUCCCAGCUCUCUUCAGAGAGUGCCGAUUGUGAGAGGUGAGGGAGAGGUCACGCUGAAGAGAGAGCACAUUACGGAGACCUUUCCAAACAUCCUCGACCUGGUGGGGAGCAACAUAUUUGUAGCUGUCAGUGUGCUGACGGGAAGUGGUAGUGAAAUGACAGAGGCAGAGUUGAGAAAUAUCCAGAUUGUCACGUCACCUUACACCAUCCACUUCAAGCACACGCCCAAAUAUUUUAAACCAGGAAUGUCCUUUGAUAUCACGGUUGAAGUUGUGAAACCUGAUGGCAGUCCAGCACAAGGCAUUACAGUGGUUCUGAAUUCAGACGAGGUGCAGGGCCUCACGGCAGCCAAUGGGUUAGCAAGGCUUUCCAUCAAUACAGUGGAAAGUUCUAACCCACUGACAAUCACAGCAAAGACUAAUGAUCCAAAUAUUUCACCUGAAAGGCAAGCGUCAGCCAGCAUGACAGCUUUGCCAUAUAACACUGGCAGCAACAGUUACAUCCACAUAGGGGUGGAUGCAGCUCAAGUAGAAUUAGGAGACAACCUUAAGAUCAACCUCAACCUCCAGAGGCAGGAAGAGGGACAAAAUGAGAUCACAUACCUGAUCCUGAGCAGAGGUCAACUGGUCAAACAUGGCCGUUACAGGACAAGAAGCCAAGUACUGAUAUCCAUGAUAAUUCCCAUCACCAAAGAAAUGCUGCCAUCGUUCCGCAUCAUCGCCUACUACCAUACAACUGGCAAUGAAGUGGUAUCAGACUCUGUUUGGGUGGAUGUCAAGGACUCUUGCAUGGGCUCGCUGAAGUUAGAAUCAACAAGAAGUGAUGCCUCCUAUGAGCCUCGCAAGAUGUUUGGUCUGAAGGUCACUGGAGAUCCAGAAGCCACAGUGGGACUGGUGGCAGUUGACAAAGGUGUCUUUGUCCUGAACAACAAGCACCGCCUCACCCUGAAAAAGAUAUGGGACACUGUCGAGAAAUACGACACAGGCUGCACACCAGGUGGAGGGAAGAACGGCAUAAGUGUGUUCUACGAUGCCGGGCUGUUGUUUGAAUCCAACACAGCUUCUGGGACUGCCUACAGACAAGAAUUUAAAUGUCCGGUGCCCACCAGGAAGAAACGAGCCGCCACCACCAUGAUGAACGUCACAACCAGCUUACUGAGUCAGUAUACAGAUGAACUACAACGUGACUGUUGUAUAGAUGGAAUGAGGGACACUCCAGUUUCAUACACUUGUGAGAUACGCAGUGAGUACAUCUCAGACGGCGCAGCCUGUGUCGAAGCCUUCCUGCACUGCUGCAAGGAGAUGGAAAGCCAGCGGGCUGAGAGGAAGGAGGAAAACCUUCAACUUGCUCGCAGCGAGGACGAUGACAACAGUUACAUGGACAGCAAUGAAAUUACUUCUCGCACCAAGUUCCCUGAGAGUUGGCUGUGGUCAGACAUCACACUGCCUGCUUGCCCGCGUCAAACACCCAACUGUGAUUCCACAUCACUUGUGAAAAAUGUUCCUUUGCAAGACUCAAUCACAACCUGGCAGUUCACUGGCAUCAGUCUGUCAAGAACCCACGGUAUCUGUGUGGCUGAUCCAUUAGAGGUAAUUGUCCGGAAAGACUUCUUCAUUGAUAUUAGACUGCCAUACUCUGUUGUCCGUGGAGAGCAGGUGGAAAUAAAAGCAGUUCUCCACAACUUCAGAGAUGACCCUGCCACUGUGCGUGUGGAUCUGGCUGAGACAGAGCAUGUGUGCAGUGCAGCUUCUAAAAAGUCAAAGUAUCGUGAGGAGGUCAGAGUUGGGCCGCAAACAACACGAUUUGUGCCCUUUGUCAUUAUUCCCACAAAGGAGGGAACACACCGCAUUGGGGUCAAAGCAUCUGUUAAAGACUCAGAGCUCAAUGAUGGGAUUGUAAAGGAACUGCACGUGGUGCCUGAAGGUUUACUGAUUAAAUUGCCUCAGAUUGUAACUCUGGACCCUGCAAAUAAAGGUGUAGGUGGUAAACAGGUGGAAAUCAUCAACAGUGGAAUUCCUAAGAAAGAUUUUCUUCCAAACACACCUACAAGCACACAGAUUUCUGUGACAGGAAAAGUGCAAACGGAUGUGUUGAAGAAUGUCAUCAGUGGAACACCAAUGGGUAAUCUGAUCUACCAGCCCUCUGGGUGUGGAGAGGAGAACAUGAUCCACAUGACGCUGCCUGUCAUUGCAGUUACAUAUCUGGACAAAUCUAACAUGUGGGAUCCUGUGAGCAUUGAUAGACGUGACAAAGCCCUUCAACACAUCCUCACCGGUUACCAUAAUCAGGUUACCCAUCGUAAAAAGGAUGGGUCUUUUGCUGCAUGUUUGGACCACCGAGGCAGCACCUGGUUGACAGCCUAUGUUGUCAAGGUGUUUGCCAUGGCCAGACAGCUAGUAGCAGUGCAAAGCAAAGAGAUCUGUGACGCUGUCAAGUUUCUGAUUCUCAGAGCGCAGCAGUCUGACGGCUCGUUUAGAGAAGUUGGAAGGUUGUCCCACGGAGAGAUGACUGGUGAUGUGCGUGGCACAGAUUCAGAUGCAUCCAUGACAGCCUUCUGCCUCAUUGCCAUGCAGGAGUCACGCACAAUAUGUGAGGCCACUGUUAAUAGUCUUCCAGGCAGUAUAGACAAAGCAAGUGCCUACCUGGAGAAGCGUCUGCUCAGCCUAAUCAACCCUUACGCUAUUGCCAUGACAUCAUACGCCCUGGCCAAUGAAAACAAACUGAACCAGGACGUCCUCUUCCAGUUUGCUUCCCCAGACUUGUCCCACUGGCCUGUACCUAAAGGACGUGUUUACACGCUGGAGGCCACAGCUUAUGCUCUUCUGGCUCUGGUCAAGGCCAAGACUUUCAAAGAAGCUGACCCUAUUGUGAGAUGGUUCAACAAACAGCAGAGAGUGAAUGGAGGCUAUGGCUCAACUCAGGCUACCAUGAUAGUGUACCAGGCUGUAGCAGAGUACUGGGCCAGUGCUAAAGACCCAGAGUAUGACCUGAAUGUGGACAUCUUGUUGCCGGGCAGGUCAAAGCCUGAUAAGUACAACAUCAACAGCAAUAACCACUUUGCUACGAGAACAUCUAAAAUCAACGAUAUAAACCAGGAUGUGAAAGUGACUGCCACAGGAGCAGGAGAAGCAACAGUGACAAUUGUGUCACUGUACUACGCUCUGCCUAUAGAGAAGGAGAGCGACUGUCAGAAGUUUAACCUGUCAGUACAGCUCCUCCCAGAGAAAAUGGAUGAGGAGGAGAAGAUAUACAGGCUGAAAAUAGAGGUUUUGUAUAAGGACACAGAGCAUGAUGCAACCAUGACAGUCUUGGAUAUUGGCCUGCUAACAGGCUUCUCCGUGAACACAAAGGACCUAGACUUAUUGUCUAAAGGACGAGCCCGCACCAUUGCAAAAUACAAGAUGAACACCAAGCCAGUCGAGUCAGAGAGAAGCUCUCUGAUCAUCUACCUGGACAAGGUUUCUCACACACGACCAGAGGAGAUCACAUUCAGGAUCCAUCAGAAGCUGAAAGUGGGCGUUUUGCAACCAGCAGCUGUGUCUGUCUAUGAGUACAAUAAUAAUCCAUUCAGUAACAAAACACAUUGUGUGAAAUUCUACCAUCCAGAGAGGAGAGGUGGACAGCUACUGAGGCUCUGUAGAAAUGAUGAAUGCAUAUGCGCUGAAGAGAACUGCAGUAAGCAGAAGAAGGGCAAAGUCAACGAUGCUGAUCGCACAGCUAAGGCUUGUGAGACUACAGCGAGGAGCAAAAUAGAUUUUGUGUACAAAGUUGGUGUGGACGAAUUUACAGACGGUUUGUCCACUGACAUUUACACAGCACGGGUACUGGAUGUCAUCAAAGAAGGAACUUCUGAUGUGGGUCCUCAGGGUAAACUCCGUACAUUCCUCAGUUUUCCACACUGCAGGGAGGCUUUAGAUCUGAGGAAAGGCAAAAACUACCUUAUCAUGGGCGCAUCUAAAGAUAUCCACAAAGAUGACCAGGGUCAAUUGCAUACGUAUGUGCUCGGUGAGAGAACCUGGAUCGAGUACUGGCCCACAGAAGCAGAGUGUAAAACUAAGGAACACAGUGCUACCUGUACAGGCAUUAAUGGGAUGGUCGAGCACUACAGGGUCAAUGGAUGUUCACAGUAAUGAAACUGAAGGAAAUAAGAUGUAAUUUUUUAAUUGUUUUAUUUUGCAUUGUUCUUCAACACUAUAGAUCACAGUCUAAGGCUACAUAUGGGGUAUCAAUGAAAUACUGAAAGGGUACUAUUCUGUAAAAUUACUGGACAUAGUAUUAGUAACUGAACAGGGUUUAAAGAAAGGGUGAGGAGCAUGAAAUCUGUGACAUCUGAGUGACAUCCUUGUGAAGCAAUUCAGUGAAAAGAUCCACCAUUUUAGCAUUGCAAUCUCAACGGGAAAAAUUAGGAUCUAAACUGAUUUAGCGAUGCUGUUUUUUUUUUCACUACAUGCUUCUUCCAUGUCAAAACCUUGCUUGUAGUAACACUUAAAAGAUUAACGUCAUUUUAAAAGACACCAUAAGAGACAGACACUAAUUUCCAUGGUGAUCAACAGCUCUGGUGCAUGCUCCAUUUGGAUUUUAGUAGAUCAGCCCCUUAAUAUACUACAUUUCCAUAAAUUCCUGUCUCAAAUAUUUUUCAUGAAUUUAAUAAAUGCUGUAUCACACACA